AUGCAUACUUGGAUAUCCGAUAACUUAUGCAACCUUCCGACGAAUGCCAUUGACUCUGCUUUAUUCAAAGGCCUCAUUCCAGCAUCUUCAAACCGUAAUACUAAAAUUCUCUUCAAAAUGAGAACGCUUCUACUACUAGCCGCCCUAAUUUGUACCGUCAAGCCGUUGUGGAUUUUUAACAGCAUCUUCGAUGGAUUUUGGAACCGUUAUCCAUUUUUGAGAGGAGCAAAAUGGGAGGCUAGAAAGGAGUUCAGCGAUAUCAUCAAUAACUCUACCAUGACAAAAGGAGAAAGGCAGGAGGCGAUGGAAAGAUGGGCAGAGAACAAUGACCUAAGCGAAGCUUAUCAAGACUACGUGAAUGCCACUGAAGAGGCAAGAAAGGAGCGACAAAGAAAUAUUGCUGAGAUACUUGAUGUUUUGCCAGCGUUCUUCGAAAGUCUCAACCAAAUAGAAAAAGACCUGAACCUUACCUAUAAUCAAGAGAGAGAUGCAAAGCGGAAUCUGUGUUCCACAAUUGAUGUGCGUGGUCGCCAUGUGGCCGAUUUUCUGCUCGACCUCUACCAUGUUGUUCCGCGCUACACUGUAAAACCCAAAGUAGCUAGAUCUCUCCGGGAUAUGUUGUUUGAAGAUCUAUCAAAUACUCUGGAAGAAGCAGAAGGGUUUUUUAACUGGUAGAUCAUCAGCUUGUUUAACUGAUGAAGUUUUACUUGCGUACUGAACAUUAACACUCUUAUUAUGAAAUAUCUGCGUACAUUCUGUAAACAGUGCAUGCUUUUAAGAACCCAACAUAUUGUUAAGCAAAGCUAGCCGAAUAAAGCGAGAUUUAUUUGUU